AUGAUCACCGGAAACGACAUCUACGAUGUCCUCGCGGCCAUCAUCCCCCUCUACGUGGCCAUGAUCCUUGCCUAUGGCUCGGUCCGAUGGUGGAAGAUCUUCACCCCAGACCAGUGCUCCGGUAUCAACCGCUUCGUGGCCGUGUUUGCCGUCCCCCUCCUCGGUUUCCACUUCAUCUCCACCAACGACAUCUACGCGAUGAACUACCACUUCAUCGCGGCCGACUCCCUCCAGAAGGUGGUCAUCCUGGCCGCCCUCUUCGUGUGGCACGCCGUCAGCAAGAAGAGCAGCCUUGAGUGGAUGAUCACCCUCUUCUCCCUCUCCACCCUCCCCAACACCUUAGUGAUGGGCAUCCCCUUGCUCAGGGCCAUGUACGGCGACUUCUCAGGCAACCUCAUGGUCCAAAUCGUGGUGAUGCAGAGCGUCAUCUGGUACACGCUCAUGCUCUUCAUGUUCGAGUACCGCGGCGCCAAGAUGCUCAUCACCGACCAGUUCCCCGACACCGCCGCCUCCAUCACCUCCUUCAAAGUCGACUCCGACGUCCUCUCCCUCAACGGCCGCGAGCCCCUCCAGGCGGACGCUGAAAUCGGCCACGACGGGAAGCUCCACGUUGUUGUAAAACGAUCCACUUCCGCCUCCAUGAUCUCCUCCUACAACAAAGGGAUCCACUCUUCCGGCAUCACCCCCCGCGCCUCCAACCUCACCGGCGUCGAGAUCUACUCCGUCCAGUCCUCCCGCGAGCCCACCCCCCGCGGCUCCAGCUUCAACCAGACCGACUUCUACGCCAUGUUCAACAGCAAGGCCGCCAGCCCCAAGCACAGCUACACCAACAGCUUCGGCGGCGAUGUCUUCUCUCUCCAGUCGUCGAAAGGGGCCACGCCUAGAACCUCCAAUUUCGACGAGGAGAUGAUGAAGUUGGGGAAGAAGCGGAACACCACUGGCCGCAGCAUGAGCGGGGAGCUUUUCCAUCCCCCGCCCCCGCCUCCUCCGCAGGCCUCCGCGAGCACCGCUCUCCCCAACAUCAGCAACAGCAACAGCAACGCCAGCACCACUCUCCCCAACAAGGAGCUCCACAUGUUUGUGUGGAGCUCCAGCGCCUCCCCCGUCUCCGAAGCAAACAUGAGAAAUGCCGUUAACAAAGCCGCCUCCUCCGACCUCUCCACCAUCGACGAUGCUGCUCUUGCUCAUUCCAGAGAGAACGGGAAGAAGGAGAUUGAGAUGGAGGAUGCAGUCAAGUUCCCGCCAAAUGCAUCUCCGUAUUCAUGCCACAAGAAAAUGGAUAUGGAAGAAGGUGGAGUGAUGGACAAGAAAACACAGAUGCCACCAACAAGUGUGAUGACUAGGCUUAUCUUGAUCAUGGUUUGGAGGAAAUUGAUCAGAAAUCCCAACACUUAUGCUAGUCUCUUUGGCCUCAUUUGGUCUCUUGUAUCAUUCAGGUGGAACAUUGAAAUGCCAUCAAUUGUGAAGGGUUCCAUUUCUAUUUUGUCUGAUGCAGGCCUUGGCAUGGCCAUGUUCAGCCUAGGUUUAUUCAUGGCAUUGCAACCAAAGAUGAUAAAUUGUGGGAAGUCUGUAGCCACAUUUUCAAUGGUUGUUAGGUUCUUAACCGGUCCGGCUGUCAUCGCCGCAACUUCCAUCGCCAUCGGCCUCCGCGGCGUUCUUCUACAUGUUGCUAUCGUUCAGGCUGCGCUUCCACAGGGAAUUGUUCCUUUCGUGUUUGCUAAAGAAUACAAUGUGCACCCAGACAUACUUAGCACUGCAGUUAUUUUUGGAAUGGUGAUAGCCCUGCCCAUAACAAUUCUGUAUUAUGUGCUGCUUGGGGUGUAAGGCUGUGUUUGGC